AGAGGGGCAUGCGCAGUGCGCCGACUCUGACCUUCAUUCUGAGUGAAUAUGUUCACCCGGGCUAGCGCGGUGGUGUUCUUUCCACAAUGUGGGCAGGUCAGGACCAUGGCUACCUUGAAGGACAUCACCAUUCGGUUGAAGUCCGUCAAGAACAUCCAGAAGAUCACGAAGUCCAUGAAGAUGGUGGCCGCCGCCAAGUACGCCAGAGCGGAGAGGUCCUUGAAGCCGGCGCGUGUUUACGGCACCGGGGCUCUCUCGCUUUAUGAGAAGGCUGAGAUCAAGGCUCCAGAGGAUAAGAACAAGCACCUGAUAAUAGGCGUGUCCUCUGAUCGUGGGUUGUGUGGUGCUAUUCACUCCAGCGUGGCCAAAACCAUGAAAAGUGAAAUCGCCAAACUCACUGGUGCUGGCAAAGAGGUCAUGGUGGUUAAUGUUGGAGACAAGCUUAGAGGCCUGCUCUACAGGACCCAUGGACAACACAUCCUCAUUAACUGUAAGGAAGUGGGCCGCAAACCCCCGACGUUCAACGACGCCUCCAUCAUUGCGACAGAGCUGCUGAACUCGGGCUACGAGUUCGACCAGGGCACCAUCAUCUACAACCGAUUCAGGUCUGUAAUUUCAUACAAGACUGAUGAGAAGCCCCUGUUUUCCGUGGACACAGUUGCAGGCUCAGAGAACAUGGGCAUCUAUGAUGACAUCGAUGCCGAUGUGCUGAGGAACUACCAGGAAUUUGCCCUGGUUAACAUCAUUUACUACGGGCUGAAAGAGUCCACCACCAGUGAGCAGAGCGCUCGGAUGACCGCAAUGGACAGCGCCAGCAAGAACGCCUCUGAGAUGAUUGACAAGCUGACCCUGACCUUCAACCGCACUCGCCAGGCUGUGAUCACAAAGGAGCUGAUCGAAAUCAUCUCCGGAGCUGCUGCUCUAUAAAGAGGAACCAUGCAGGCCCUUGUGCUCCUGGCAGAAAAUAUAUUUGUUGUUCAGUCAUCUGGUAUCAAAUUAAAGAGUGUUUGUCCCUCUGUUUGUAAAAUAUCAAUAAAUAAACCUCUUACAACGA